AUGGCCCCUCCCUUUCGCGCCGAGCACGUAGGCUCCCUGCUGCGCCCGCAGGACCUGCUCGACGUACGCGCGUCCAUCGCCGCCGGCGGCGAUGACUCCAAGCUCGCGGACGUCGAGAAGGCAGCCGUCAAGGAGGUCGUGGACCUGCAGCGGUCGCUUGGCUUCAAGCCCGUGACAAGCGGCGAGUACGUGCGCACGCGCUUCUGGGGACUCAUGUGGGACGAGUUCGAGGGCACCAAGCGUCUGCAGGACGCCGAGGCGUCCAUGUUUAGGCUCUACCACCCAGACGUCGUGUCGCUCAUCGAGCAGGACCGCAAGGUCAUGCCCGGAGACAGCGUCAUCGCCGGCGCCAAGCUGUCCCACAACAAGGACAAGUGCAAGAGCAACCUGCACGAGCUGAAGCUGGUCCAGGAGAACACGCCCAAGGAGGAGUGGGGGAACAUCAAGCUGACCAUGAUCACCCCGGCCUGGUUCCACAUGAGAUACAAGCAGGGCCGCGCCUACACACCCGAGGCGUACGCCAACGACGCCGAGUACUUUGCAGAUGUGGCCAAGGUGUACCAAGAAGAGCUGCAACAGCUGUACGACGCCGGUCUGCGUAACGUUCAGUUUGACGACCCUGGCCUGGCUUACUUUUGCUCCCAAAAGUUCCGCGAGGGUUGGGCCGAGGACAAGGACAACAUCGGCGAGGUGGACGACCUCCUGGACGCCUACAUCAAGCUGUACAACGACUCCAUCUCCAAGCUGCCCUCGGACAUGCACACGGGCGUGCACCUGUGCCGCGGCAACUUCAUCGGCGGGCGCCACUUCUCCGAGGGCUCGUACGACAUCAUCGCCAAGAAGCUGUUCCAGAACCUGAACGUCAACACCUUCUACCUCGAGUACGACACGCAGCGCGCCGGCGGCUUCGAGCCGCUCAAGUAUUUGCCCAAGGACAAGAACGUCGUCGUCGGCGUCAUCUCCACCAAGCUCCCCGGGCUCGAGGACAAGGACGAGGUCAAGCGCCGCAUCCACCAGGCCGCCGACUUUGUGGCCGAGGGCAGCGGCCAGACCCGCGAGGAGGCCCUCAAGCGCAUCUCGGUCAGCCCCCAGUGCGGCUUCAGCACGCAUGAGAGCGGAUACCCGCUCUCCAUCGAUGAGGAGAAGGCCAAGCUGAAGCUGGUCCGCGACAUUGCCGAUGAGAUCUGGGGCGAGCCUUAG